AUGGAUCGUGGCCGGCAACGGACUCGAAUCACGGGGCCCCCUCAAAAUGCAACUCAAACAGAUGCCGAGUCAUCUGCGGAUGAUAGUCCAAGUCUAAGCCCUACCGGGUUAGACGUGAGAUUCACCUUGGACCAUGAACCUCCUAGAGGACGCUCUAUUUCGCCUGCUCAAGCCUAUCUCGCGAGGCCAAGCUUGGACUCUCGAAGGAGCCCAUCGCUCAUGAGCAUAAUGCAGAUUGAUCAGAUUAUCUCCGAUGAUCGAAUGAAUAUGGAGACGUAUGGGGUCGCCGAGAUGCGUGAUGGCUUCUUCGACGCUCUCUUCUUAAAGCCGGACCCGAUAGAUCCAGAUGAGGUUGUUGAACGGUCCAAAGCUUCUCUACCUAAGGAAUUCGAGAAGAGUCACCCGUUAUCAGCAAAACACUUUCUCCCAAGGCAGCUCCAUGAGUUCAAAUCAGUGAUGCGCAAAGUUGCUACCACUAGAGCUGGCAUCCAGCUUCUCAAGUCGUUUCUUGCCUUUUUUAUCGCCUAUAUCUUAUGUCUAAUACAGCCGGUCCACGCAUGGCUAGGCUACAAUGACCACAUCAUGGUGGUGUCUACCAUAAUAAACCAUCCAGGUCGCAACUUUGGUUCUCAAGUUGAUGGCACAGUAGGCACUAUCAUUGGUACUGCUGCCGGGCUUGCCUGGGGCUAUGUUGCCAUUUUGAUUUCAGAAUCAACGAAUGAUGCUUUAAAGGCGUAUGGUUGGAUUCUCAUUGUUGUUUCUGCUGUGUUCUUUGCCGGCAUUGCCUUAAUACGUUCGAUCUUUAUCCGCCUAUACCAGACUGUUCUAUGUGCAGGCAUAGCCCUUGCGUUUACAACACUGGGCCUGACUGAUGAUAAUGCUUUCACCUGGCACAAACCGCUGCAAUACGGAAUUCCUUGGCUGUUGGGUCAAGCAAUUGCCCUGGCGGUAAACUGUCUCGUCUUUCCUGAUGCCGGCAACCGCCUACUAGCGGUCGCCUUUCAUAAGUCAUUUAAUACUAUGCAGGAAUCUCUUGUUAUCCCUAGGCCUAGAGAUACAGGACUCAGGAGGCGUCUUGCCAAAACGUUCAUGGACAUGUCACUUGCUUAUCGAGAUAUGAGGAUCGAUAUCACCAUCACUCGCUUCCGUCCAAAUGACGUGCGAGAGCUUCGUAAUUCAGUGCAGGGCGUGGUUAGGGCCCUUCUCUCCAUGAACACGGAUACAGACCUUUUCGAGGACUGGUCCGACACUCUUGAGAUCACUGUUGCAGAUGAUGCGGGAAGUGAAUCCGAGGUUGAAGAUUCUGGCCGCAAGGUGGCUCGGGCUCUGUCGGUUCCCACUAGGGAAGUCAUCAAUUGCUGGCGAAAGCACUUUGGUCCCCCUAAGGACGUUUCGUCUGACCUCAUUCCUGUCCAAUUGCGUAUGCAAAACAGCCUUGUAGCCUUCGAUACUGCGGAAGAUCAUCUCCUGAGAUCUAACGACAGGCCCGAAACGUACGCCGAUCACGGACAGGCUGUUGAAUUUCUUGUGUUCGCGAGACAUGUCCGCGAAACAGCAGGAACUGUUGUCAACCUCAUGACCAUGGUUCAGGAUAUGCAUACCAGCUCUAGAAGCAUACGCGUCAAUCUUCCUGUAUAUCCUUUCGGGAAAGCUCUAUACAGAACCAACUCACAGGUCAGACACGAUCGUGGGGGCGUCACCGCCGGAAUGUAUCGAGCGACAUUUGCGGAGAUCGCAAAACUGAUAGAGACAACAAGAUCAUCCGAGAAGCAUCAUCCUCGUGAUAACUAUGAGGCAGUCACUGAACCAGAAGACUGUACAGUGAUCGAGUCGAUCAUUCAUGGCAGUCCCGCGGGGUUUGAAACAAAGUACGCAAUGAAGGUCGUCCUUCUCCUUUCAGCUCUAUCUCUUCCUUGUUGUUUUGAAAGCGCCUCUAUCUGGAAAACGCUUUAUGAUGCAUGGUGGGCUGUCGCUGUGGGAUGGAUCAUGAUCCACCCUCGCAUAGGGGGCAACAUUCAGGACUUUUUCACUCGUGCCUUUGCAGCCAUUCUCGGUGCUGCGUGGAGUGGUGCAGCACAUGCUGCGAGUGGUGGGAACCCAUAUGUCCUAGCAGUCUUCGCUGCUAUAUACAUGAUUCCCAUGAUAUACCGCUUUACCCAGAGCACUCAUCCGCGAUCCGGUCUUGUUGGCUGUCUGUCUUUCACCGUCAUAUCUCUCACUUUGCGAGACGACAGUCUUGGACCUUCUGUUGCACUGCAGGGUGUUUAUAAGGGCCUGGUAUUUCUUAUCGGCACUAUAGCGCCCAUCAUUGUGAAUUGGAUUCUUUGGCCUUUCAUCGCUCGACACGAGCUACGGACCGCACUGUCCUCAAUGAUUUUAUACAUGAGUAUAAUGUAUAGAAAUGUUGUUGCAAACUAUGUUUACUUCGACGAGGGUAAGGAUCCGACCCCUGAGACUAUCAGACGAUCCGAGAUGCUCGAAAGUCGGAUGCGUGAAGGCUUUGUCAGAAUCCGACAACUCCUCGUCAUGUCACGUCAUGAAAUUCGUCUUCGGGGUCCUUUUGAUCCAAUUCCUUACUCAUGUCUCGCUGCCUCAUGCGAGCGAUUCUUCGAGUAUCUCAUCGCUGUUCGACAGUCCGCUCUCUUUUACAACCCAAACUACAUCCGCGAUAAUCCCGUGGCUGCUGGGCACCUACAUAGCUACCGGCGUGAUGCAGUGGCUGCUAUCCUCGGGAACCUGUACAUCCUCGCCGUAGCAUUGCGAUCCGAACGCAAAGUUCCUCGCUAUCUACCGAGUGCUGCUGCAGCAAGAAAGAAGCUCCUUCACAGAACCGCCGAACUGGCCAGGGAAAUGGAGGAAGAUACUGAGGGAUAUGAGCUUGAGCGGCAGAAGACAUGGAGUGAUAUCUAUAGCUACUCAUACAAUGCAAGUCUUACUGGCUGUGUGGCCCAGUUGGAAGAGUUGGAGCGGUUCACAAAGCUCAUAGUAGGAGAAAAGAAGUUCGAGCGCCCCGCGAAAUCCAUAGAAGAGGGCGAUGAAGAUACUGAUGUAUCGCCUGAGCGGCUUUGA